CCCGACCCAGCCAAGCAAAGAAAGGGAAGGAAGGAAGCCACACAUAAAGGCAACCGAUCAAAUAUCUAUCCUUCGACCCGCAAAAGGCGAGGAGAGAGCCAUGGAGGACAGAGACCACGGCCCCGCUGAGAACCUUCCUGAAUCUCCAGACCACAUCGCCGACGGCGACGAGGACGGAGGCGGCUUCACCUUCCCCGUCCUGCCGUUUGCGGCGGACGCGCUCAUCGUGCCCGUGUACCCCAUCUUCGGCCGCCCCCCGUCCCCGCCGCCGCCGGCCUCGGUCGAGGAGCCGGAGACGGCCACCGUGCGAGUCCCGCUGGGGCGGCUCCUGCUGGAGGAGCGCGACUUCCGCGCGAGGCAGAGGGACGAGGAGAGCUUCGGGGACGGCGAGCUGGAGGGCGUGGCGCCGGAGAGCUACUGCCUCUGGGCACCCGGCCAGUCCACCCCGGCGUCCCCGCGGCGGUGCCGGAAGAGCGGCUCCACGGGGUCGGUCCUCCGGUGGCGGCGCAUCAGCGAGCGCCUCGUGGGGCGGAGCCACAGCGACGGAAAGGACAAGUUCGUCUUCUUGAACGCCAGCCCGGCGCCUCCCAACCAGGGGGGCGUGGAGGAAGGAGGCAGCAGGAGCGACGGCGGCGCCGGCGCCGAUGCCCACGGAUGGAGUUAUUACAGCAAAGGAGGAGGAGGAAGCGGCGGCGCUGGCCGGAGGAGAUCGUACCUCCCGUACAAACAAGAGCUUGUCGGGUUGUUCGCCAACGUCAGUGGGUUACGUCGAAGUUAUCCCCCGUUUUAAUGCGGUUCAUGGCUUCUCUCUCUCUCUCUCUCUCUCUCUCUUUCUGCCCGUCAAUGUUGUCUGAUUUUGUGUGCAUAAUAUUGCAUAACCUUGGUAGUGUUAUUAGAAAUAAAAUUGGUGUGUUUAUAAAUUAGGAUCUGCUUGGCUAAGGUAAAUGUAAAAACUACACCAUCUCAACAAUAGAGAUCGGAGAAGGAUAUACUACUUUGAAGGUUCUCUGUUU